AUGCGAUCGGCAGCACGGCACGUGUCUGCGCUCCGGGCUGACGCUGCGCGCUCCUUCGCAGCUGCAAGGCGAGGCGGGUGUCUUCCGCCGACCAGCUUCCUGUCCUUCCCGAGACGCCGCCGGCCCCAGCGAUCUCCACGUGGCCGCGCUGUCUGUGACGGCGCCGAACCUCUCUGGGCGUCUCGAUACGCGCGCCGAGUGUUGGGUGGCAGCGGGCGCCGACGAAUUGGACGGGCCUGCACCGGCACCGCUGCUGGCGCGCGAAUGGCAGCGGGCAGAGUGUCUGGGGAUCGCGCACGAGGCGCCGAGCGGUCUUCAAGCGGUGAUGGGCGGAGUCGAGCUGCUGGCUGGGGCUUGGCGUGCAUUACCAGCGGCCUGGUUUGGGCGUCAGCUCGCGCUGUGGCCGCUGGGAAAAGGUGGGAAAUCAGCGGCGAUCCAGGCGCCUUGGUUGCGCCAAUGCAAGUAGCUGCAUGCCACAUCCCGCGAGCCUGGAGCUCCAUUCCAACACACCACAGCCGCAACCGACGAGCACGGGCGCGAGGCUUCUGCCACCGCGCUGCCGUCCCGGGAGGGCGUUUCCUGGUGGGACCCGCGGCGACGUCGUCGACCUCAACUCUUCAUAAGACGCCCGCCGUCCGCCGUCGUCGACCUCCUCGAGCUGCUGCAAUUCGGCUCCCGCCAGCACCCUUCAAUCUCACGCCGGGUGCCAGAUUACAGGAGAGCGACCCCUUCCUAUCCUCUAGCCGACCGCCUGGCAUCCAUGGCACCGUGCGCCAAUGGGAGCGGCCUAUAAGCGAAAGUCCAAAUGAUUUUGUGACUCGCCCACUCCGUCCCUUGGUCCACCUCUCCCACCGGCUUGGGGCAGGUCGAGCGUGGUUUCCAGUCCUCGCGGCCAGCUUCCCGGCCGCAGCUCUGCUCGCCGUCGUCGCUUUCUGUUCCAAUUUCCAGGCUGCUGAUGCUGGCCCUGGAGCUGGACGCUGCACUCCCCUGACGCCUGCAGUAUUGCAGCAGGCUAUCCAUGGAGCCCUCGCACCGGCUUCCUCACGAAAGAGCCGGCCGCUAUCGUGCAGCACGCGACCCCGCUCCGGCUGCCUCGUAUGA